CUUCAGUUCUAUUGUUGAUUGAGACAGUAUUUCAGAAACUGAACCACCAACUUGAAGGUCGCGCCUGUUGUAACCAAAUCGUAGUAUCAGUUCACACAUCUUGGGCUAAUCUGAUUGUAACGUCAACAGAAAUGCAUUAAGGUACACCAGAGUGCACCCAUAUGUGUGUCCCCACGGAGUAUCGCAGCUUGUUGCCUCUUUUCAGAAAUUUCAUUGUUAUGAGCGCUAUGGCUAAUUAGCCUAUAAGUAAUGGAUCUCAACCAUUAUACGGUGAGGUGCCUUCCAACUUGUCCUAUCCACUCACUUGAUUUCUGACCAGCGUGCCACUCCUUUCAUUCCCUUCUUUACUUUUGCGAGGGGCUUCUGGAAGUCCCAACUGCACCUUUGAGCCAUUCUUUUCGCCACUAGCAUCCUCUCAACAUGGGCUUGGACGAUGACCUUGUUUACCACGCUGAUAUUUUGAUUUUCGGUAUCAUCCUCAUCUUCACUAUCGCCAGUCUCCCCCGCGCAUAUGCUCGUUUUAGCCGCAGGUCGGAAUGGUCUCAAGGUCACCUCCUUCGCUCAGUAGAACCUCGCACCUCCGCCAAGCCAAGUAUCAACCUCACCCCUCCAUACCCCGCUGACCCUACGAAGGCUUCCUUUGUGGAUAUUGACUACGCAGACUCUUCGACUGAAUGCAUCUCAUUACCAUAUCUCCCCCGAAUCGGGCUGUCGCAAGGCUAUAAUGAGAAAGCCCUGCCAAUUACUCCCCAACGCGACCCUACUGUUUCAUCUAUCUUGCGUCCUGUGGCGUCUGUGUUGCACCACCGUGUUCACGACAACUACUCCAUUGGUCAAGUUCUCCUGAUGCUGGCAUACAUCAGUAUCAUCUUCUACGUGUCUUUCUACAAAUCAGAUCCGUUCACGGAUCCUCAACGAGCAGGUGUCGUCAUCACCUCUCAAAUUCCUUUCGUAUAUGCGUUAGCUACCAAGAACAAUAUCAUUGGCAUGAUGGUGGGCGUUGGAUACGAAAAGUUGAACUUUCUUCACCGCCUGGUCGGUAAGCUGAUGGUCAUUGGUGCGAAUGUCCACUUCCUUGGCUAUGUCUAUAAAUGGAGCCUCGCUGGCGACAUCUCCAAGAAACUCGCGGAGGACUCCAUUCGCUGGGGUAUCGUCGCAUUGAUCUGUUUGGACCUCCUGGGAUUCUGUUCGACCGAAUUCGUUCGAUCAAAAUCGUACAACCUCUUCAUCGCAACGCAUGCCGUGGGUCUCUUCGUCUUCUUAUUCGCUGCAUGCUACCAUGAGCCUGCCUGUGUUCCUUACGUGAUAGCCGCAUGUGUCUUCUAUAUCCUUGAUCACAUCGCUCGCGCUGUCAAGACCCGUGUCACUACGGCAAGGCUGCGUCCUCUCCCGGAACUCGGGAUCACCCGAGUCGAGGUACCUUCACUUAAUGCUGGCUGGCGUGCAGGGCAACACGUCCGCCUGCGCGUGCUUUCUUCAUCCAUGGGAUGGUGGGGAUGGACUGAGGUGCACCCUUUCACCAUCGCAAGCGUGACACAAACGUCAGAAGGAAUGGUUCUUAUGUGCAAGAAAACUGGCCGCUGGACGAGCAGUCUCUUCAGGAUGGCUCAAACGGCUUCUUACAGUGAAACCGGCAACGAAGUCGGCCGUAAUGUUAAAGUGAUGGUCGAGGGUCCCUAUGGCGGCGUGGGACACACCAUGAUGUCGAGCUAUUCUGGGGCGAUGUUCGUUGUUGGUGGGAGCGGCAUCUCCUUUGCAUUAUCAGCAGUGCAGGAUCUGAUCCAGACAGCCACGGAUGUGAAGGUCAUUGAUAUCGUCUGGUCCAUCCAAGACCCUGCAUCCCUCUCCCCUCUACUCCCCCUCCUCGCAUCUAUCGUGCGAAACUCAUCUACCCGUGUUCGCAUGCACAUAUUCUACACCCGCGCGAUCAGCACAACAUUCGGCGGGAUGUACCUCCCUAACGGUAUUACCCUCCUGCCCGGCCGACCCAGACUCGAUAAGCUGCUCGAUGCAGCGAUCACGGACACGAUGUCAGCAGGGGGUUCUAACGGUGUGUUCGUAGGGGUUUGUGGCCCUGUGUCGCUGGCGAAUACUACGGCGCGUGUGGUGAAAGAGUCUGACAUUCGUUUGUGUACGGCUGUGGGUGGAGUUAAGCUCCACGAAGAAACUUUUGGGUGGUAAAUCAAAUAUUAGACGUUUUUCGGUGCGGCCCGUUCGCGGCUAUGCACUGUUCAUCUGCUGUAUUUUUAUCGACUAUAUAGGUAUGAGCGUCAUCUAGAUCUACUUGUGAUCUUUGAAGCUCGAUGAUAUGAUACGGCUGGUCCGUUUUCUUGCAACUCCAGAAGUAACGUAAUGCAUUUCAGAUGUGCACAUCUAGUUCGCAGUGGGUGACGAGCCGGACGGAUACUAGUAGCACCUAGAUGUAGGAAUAAGUACCAUGACCUCAGUCUAAGCCGGCAUGACCGCUGCUCCAAAUCCGCCAAAACUGUUCCUACCCUAAUUCUCGAUCGUCUUGACGUCAUUCUCGUCAUACGGAGCUUCAAUAUAACAGCGCUCAGCAUUGAUGAGAUGGAAGGAUGACCGGAACCGGUGAUAUGCGGAUGCGAGCAUUUUAAUGAGUACAGG